AUGAACUCGUCCCAGUACUUUGGAUACCCCAAACUUUGGCAAGAAAAGGUCCCACAAAUGGCAUUCAGGGUCCCUAGUCUACUUCAUCUGGUCUUGGCUUUUUCAGCUUUGCACAUGGCCUUGAUGCGACCUGACGAAGCACAUAGAUACGAAAGACUUGCCGAUGCACAUCACGCCUUGGGAGUGCCGCCUGUCACUCGGCUGAUAAGAGACAUCAAUAAAGAAAACGCCCCCAUACUGUUCAUUGCCAGCAAUCUCAUCUGCAUCUCCACCUUUGCAAGGCGGCCGGCUCCAGGCCACCUGCUCAUCAUUGCUGAAGGGUCCGAGGUUCCAUGGUUGAACUUGUUCCGUGGUGUGCGGUUUGUGAUUGAGACAAUGGGCGUCGAAGCCAUAUUCAGGCCUCUAGGUAGUAUGGGUGCCUGUUUUCAAGCUGGCAACUAUUCACAUCUCCAAUGCGAUACCAAGCCAGUACUGUGGGAAGCGCACUUUGAAUCACUAUCAAGCCUUGUCUCGGAGUCUGAGCCUUCUGAGCAAGAGACAUACCGAUAUGAACUCGAGUCCUUGAGUACAUGUUUCUCUGCUGCGUUUGGUACAGUAGAGACGGCCAGGAAAAUGGACGGCUCCCACUUCAAGUCGGUGACGAGAUGGCUUUACGAUCUACAUGAUGAUUAUAUCACAUGCCUGCAAGGAAAGCAAACCACUGCUCUGAUAAUACUUGCACACUUCAUGGUGGCACUUCGUAGCAUAGAGCAUGGACCAUUUGGAAGGGGGUGGAGUUGGCAUGUGCUAAAGGAGAUCAAAGGUCUUUUGGAUAUCCAAGACAUAUCCUGGUUGACAUGGCCAAUAGAACAAGUAAAGGAGUGGGACCACCUGAGUGGGCAUUGA